AUGUGUAUGGUCGCUGUGUUAUUUGAUCGUGGUUCAAAGCCCAUGUACAAGUUCAUUUUCCAUUUAUCGGCGCUCUUGUUCUUUGUUAUACCGCUUUCAAUUAUAUUUGUAUUGCACAUAUUUAUCGCUAUUCACGUCCGGUCGUCUCGCAAAGAUAUUAAUCGUGCCGAUGCAGAUCGAGGCGGAGAUGACUUGAACUCCCGACUAACUUUUAUUCUGGUGAGCAUUAUUUGCGCAUUGUUCGUCUGCCAUCUGCCUUUUCAAAUACAACGCCUCUCAUUUUUCUACUUGGAAAACGAACAAUCCGUUUCAACACUGAACCAGUACCUCUUUUUUAUAUCAGGUUUUCUAUUCUACUUGGCGCCCAUCGUGAAUCCGAUACUGUACAAUGUGGUCUCGUCACGAUUUCGUAAAGCAUCGAAAGACGUUCUUUUGUCGGUUUUCUAUCCGUCAAAAAGGCGAGGAGAAUCAGUUAUGCUGAAACGGGCUUCUGUCAAGUACAUCACGGCAAGUCGUGGAGAAAUGAAUCAUAGUACGGAUGUACCUCUUUGUCAUCCUCUUGUCUAG